AUGGUAACAAUAGUAGUGAAAGAGAAUGCUCGAUGUACAGAGCGUAAGCAAUACGAAGUUGGAUCGGAAGAUGAGCGGUUACCAGAUUCAUUUACCGAUGGCACUAAAUAUGGCGGCAAUUCGGACCGCAGAGCGGUUGAAAUCAAGCAUUGGAAUGGUAGCCGAGUGGAAAUUUCACUACGACAUAUCGCAACGAGAGUUUUAGUUCGGCGACGUGGUGCUUACUUGUCAGUAGCAUUAAGGAUGCCGGAACGAAUCGUUGAGGUUUUAGCUUAA